AGUCAAAGAGUGAGGAUGUCUGGGCGCGGAAAGGGAGGGAAAGGCUUGGGCAAAGGCGGCGCUAAAAGGCACCGCAAAGUCCUUCGUGACAACAUCCAAGGCAUUACUAAGCCUGCCAUUCGCCGCUUGGCUCGCCGCGGAGGAGUGAAGCGCAUUUCUGGGCUGAUUUAUGAAGAAACCCGCGGAGUCCUGAAGGUGUUUCUGGAGAACGUGAUCCGCGACGCUGUGACUUACACCGAACACGCCAAAAGGAAGACCGUCACCGCCAUGGAUGUGGUCUACGCCUUGAAACGCCAAGGCCGCACUCUGUAUGGGUUUGGCGGCUAAGUUUCCCGUUAGAAUUGGCCUCGGAAAAAGCAAAAAGGCCCUUUUAAGGGCCACCCACUUUCUCCAAAAAAGAGUUGCUUUUGCGUUCAAUCCAGGCGCCUCAAAAGAGCCUUUUGUUAAAAGGGACGAAUAGAAACAAUCCUUACUCACUGAAACUAUACUUUCCAUUCUGAUCUUAGCCAUGCAUUUUAUUUAUGUAUUUCAUUGUAACCCGCCUUGAUCCUUAUGGAAAGGCAGGAGAUAAAUAAGAUCUAUUGUUAUCAUUAUCAUUAAAAUUAGCAUUAUAAAAUGUGAAAUUCAAAGAUUGUAGUUGUGUUGAUCUGCAAAAGCCUUUGAAGUGAUAAAAUGUAGUUGGAAAGCAAGGCAGCAAUCCAGUCUCAUAAAACGCCUUGCUUUUUGCACCUCCUUGCUAAAAAGUCUAGCUUUCUGCCCCAGAAGGGAGCCUUGAAAUAAGCUUCUCGGGCUGCAUCUACACUGG